GUCUGACUCAGCCAAACUACGCUUGGUUAGGGAGGGGUGGCGUGACAGCCUGGCCUGGUGAUGGAGCGGAGUAUGAAUAUAAGAGGAAGGAGGAAUCUGAGUCCUCUCCUCUUUCGUCUUUGCUUCCCAUCACCUCGUUCGUCCCCUUGCCCCCGCUCCUCGCAACGCUCAUCCCUCGUCCCCACCGUCAUGCUGCUCGUCCAGCAACCCCAGCAUCCAUCCUCAGUCUCCCUAAUGCCGUAUUCAAAGCAGUUCAACACUUCCGCCAGCCAUAGACGCAACCCGUCCGCUCCAGCCGCAGUUGUCCAGGGCCAGGUGCAGCCAACCAAGACUCCUGGCCUCCUCUCACUCUCGAAGCCCUCUGCGACUCGCCAGCCUCGCCACCCAACACCGAGGCAGCCCAGGUCCAAGCCGCAGCACCCGCAACAGCUGCAAGGGGCCUCGCCGGAGCGGCAUCGCGGGAGGAACAAUUCGUCGAAAGAUAAGUCGGCUAGACCCGUAUCAAAACCCCGUGCUGGACAUGGGGGACGUGCACGCCAACCGUCCCCUUCACCUAUUCCCCAAUCUGAGCAGUCAUCCUCUGACGAGACCGUUGCUGUUCCACCUAAUUCUACUUCUGUUAUUGCUACUGGGCCAAAGCCCCAAGCUUCUACCGCGCAGACGACCGUCUUGAGCGCUCCUUCUGGCCGCCUUGCCAAGCGUCGCAACCGCGCUUCCAUUCCCUUCCCGUCAUCGGUUUCGACCCCGUCGGUGAAUCCCAAGGCAGCGAAAUCCAGCCAGAACCAACCGCCUCGUGCUAAACCCGUUCCCGUUCCCGUCAAGCCAAAGGUGAACAACUUGCCUAUUUCACGUUCGGAUCCCGUUUUGUCGCAUUUCCCACAAGCCUCGCUUCGUAACAAUGGGGCAGAUGUCUUCCCGAUCUGCGACGAUAACGACGACGGUGAUGACGAAGAUGCUUUCGAGCGUCCGACCACGCCAUCGCCGGCCGGUCGUAGGAAUGGAGUUACCACAUGGCAGCAGGAUUCGCUGUUCAACUCGGAUAGUGAGGAGGGUGGGCCGCGCACUGCGCCCAUCAGCAUGAAAGCAGGCGUGGCGAAGCAUUAUUUCCCAUCGCCUGUCCCCUCACCAUCUCGUCCCUACCACAAGCGUACGCCGAGCGUACCCGCAGACGGCAUGUUCGAUUUGUCGUUUGGUUCUGACAACGAGCUGAAUGCAUCGGAGAUGAAUGCACUGUUUGGACAUGCAUCUUCCAAUCGCAUGCACUACGAUGGUUCUGUGCGGUCCACAAGCACGCCAUUGAGAAAGCCUGAUGCUGCUGCGACAUUCAAUAAAUUCGCGAGCCCGAUGUUCCAGAACAGCCCGCGCCCGGAGCAGCUCCGCCCGCCAACGUUCUCGCUGGCGAAGAUGAAGAAGGCUCUCGUUGCUCAGUCUGACUGAGUCAGCGCUCGGCCAAUCGGGGUUCACUUCCACUCUCUUGCUUCAUUCCGCGUCGACCGCGAUGCAAUUAUUCUUUUCAAGAUUAACUUAUUGCUUUCGACGCUCGAUUUUGCAUCCCAUUUGGACCCCCCUCCAACCUUUCUUUGGUAUCUGAUUAUUACCGGCAUUUAUGGCUUUUCGCUUAGGACACCCGCUCGGCUUACUCUCCGCAUCCCCGGCAAUUGGUCCACCGCUGUGAACGCUUUGUGGGUGGUGCAUAUUCGCACUUGAUUUGUUUCUUGGCCAUUAUCUGCAACAUUAACAGCACUCACGACGUCACGUAACUGGCCCGCCAUUUUGGGCCACGAGUCUCGCAAGUCUCAACUUCAAGUGCCUCGCAUUUCCUCUUUUCUCGUUUUCUCUCAGCUUUAUAUCUCAAUGUGCAAUACCUCGCAUUCUCGCAUUGCUGUCAUUUUCUUCAACCCAAGCCCCUCCAUCCUCUUUCCUCGGCUCGCAUCGUUUCGCAUCAAGUAUAACAUAUAACUACGACAUAAAGACAAGACUCUCGAUCACCGGCCUAUUUCGCUAUACCUUGCUUUCGAUCGGUGUUCCGUGUAUGAGUGAUGGUGGGUUCAAAGGGAAGCCAUUCUACUCGAACCGAUAUUUAUGGUGCGAGGUGCGACCGCGCUGUCAACAUUCUUUUGCCGGUACGCCUUGUGCCCCGCCUCGCAGGUCCCCCAAUCUUAGACACCUCCGACAUGGCCUCCCUUAACCGCCAUCCUUCUUUUCCUUUUUUCCCCUUGACGGCAUCCUCUUAUAUUCUAUUUCUUUAUCUUAUUCGGUGGUAUUCCGCGGUUUUUGCUGUAUCAAUCGGCGCCGGCUGCGCGUUGUACAUCAUUGUCAAGCAUUCCGUUUACGUUCCUCUGUUAUUUGGUUUCUUGCCUUCUCGUUUUUCUCCUUUCUCUCACUCCAAACCAAAUAUUCAACCCCGAUUAAAAAGCGUUAGCCUUUUAAUGGUUUUUUGGUGCUUAGUGCUCCUUCCUCGAUUGCGCCAUUCUGACAAUGUAUUCUAUCCUACCCUCCUGUGCUGCUCGCGUCAACUCCACGCAUCUAAAUGUCGUGAAUUUGCACGCAGCUUUUUCCAACCCCGUUUACCCCCAUUACUCGACCUCUCGUUCAACUGUCCUCUAUUGUCUUCACGAACCUUUUUUUUGUGUUUCCGUUUACUUAGAAGCAAAAUCUGUGCAUUAGUCGGAGCAUUCAUUUUCUAUCUCUUCAUCCAUCCACUUCCAUGGCCCUACCCCUCACUUUCGCGGUCUAAUUCUUUGACCGUGGUACACAAUACCUCCCCGUUGUAUCUUAUUUUCGGAGUAGUCCUCUUCUGGAGGUGGAGAAGAGGUGUUAUUGUUUCUCCGCCUCGCGAUGUUGAUGUGUCGGUCAAGUUCUUUGAAACGUCACCGCGACGUGGUCUUCGUCAACCUUACUAUGUCCGCAUGCGUUUGCCGUCAUCGUCACUCGCGCUAUUGCAUCGAUCGCAACAUAUCAAAUUAAUAAUCUAUCUAUUCACCACAUUCCUUCACCCGAUCCGAAUUACCCUGUCCUCUCCUUACGUUCCGUUCCUAACCAUACGGGUUUGCCUGUUCUCGAGACUUGUUUCGGAAAGGUCGCAUUUGGCACUCGUAUAUCCUGUUAUCCGUCCCGCGUAUCCUGUCAUAUUGAGCCGACUCGCGUUCUCGGUCCCCUCGACAUCUACUCAAAGCACCCUUAUUCACUCCCUGUCGCAUCGCAUAAUACGCAUCAGCAUCAGCGUUAUCCUCAUCAUCACAUCACAUCCAUCACAUCACGCGUCACACGUUCUUAUCCUCUCGCCCACUUUUCUCAACACC